AUGUCCCAACAACCACCACCUUACCCGAACUCGGGCUCGGGUUCCAACCCGUCAGACUCUCCCAUCUCCGCCUCCUCCCCGCUCCCGACCCCCUCGGAUGAGAAGAAAUACGGCACCCUCGAUCCCAAAAACACCUUCACAUCUUCCUCCUCUUCAGAUCUCUCCGAAGCCUCCGACUACUCGGAGCUCAAGGCAAACCCCUUCCUGGACCCGGUCGUCGCCGAGCACUGGCGCAAGGUAUACGAAGAAGCCGACUACGAGUGCAAGGAUGCCUUUGAUCCGCAUGUGACCUGGACGGAGGAGGAAGAGAAGGCGGUUAUCAGGAAGAUCGACUUCCGGGCUUGCGCGUGGGCUAUUGUCAUGUUUUUCGCGUUGCAGGUUGAUCGUGGGAAUUUGAGCCAGGCGUUGGCGGAUGAUAUGUUGGAUGAUUUGGGGUUGAAUACUAAUGACUACAACUACGGCAACGUCAUUUUCUUGGUGUCGUUCCUUGCCGCUGAGCUGCCAUCUCAGUUGCUGUCGAAGAAGCUUGGUCCGGAUCGCUGGAUUCCGGUUCAGAUUGUCCUUUGGUCGGUCGUGGCCAUCUCGCAGUGCUCGUUGAAUGGAAGGGGUAGUUUCUUCGCUACUCGUUGUCUGCUGGGUCUCAUCGAGGGCGGCUUCAUCCCCGACAUCGUCCUCUGGCUCUCCUACUUUUACACCUCGCGCGAGCUUCCCAUCCGCCUCUCCUACUUCUGGACCACCCUCUCCUCGACCUCCAUCAUCACCUCCCUCAUGGCCUUCGGCCUCCUGCGCAUGCGCGGCAUCAACGGCUGGGCGGGCUGGCAAUGGAUGUUUUUGGUGGAGGGUCUGAUCACUCUAUCCAUUGGCCUAGCCUCCUUCUUCAUGAUGCCCGCUUCGGCCGUGCAGACCAAGACGUGGUUUCGCCCCAACGGCUGGUUCACGGACAGGGAAGUCUCUAUCGUCGUUAACCGCGUGUUGAGAGACGAUCCGUCCAAGGGCGACAUGCAUAACCGCGAGGCUAUUACCCCGAAGAGGCUGUGGGAGACGCUGAAGGAUUACGAUCUCUGGCCGCUCUAUGCGAUCGGCUUGGUGGCGUAUAUCCCGCAUACGCCGCCCAGCUAUUACUUGACUUUGACGUUGAGGAAGUUGGGCUUUAGCGCUUUCAACACCAACCUGCUGGUUAUUCCUUCGUCCGUCGUCCACAUCAUCACCCUCCUCCUUUUGACCCGCCUCUCCGACAUCCUGCAAGAACGGACCUUCGUCGCCAUGCUCCAGUCCCUCUGGACGCUCCCCUGCAUCCUCGCCCUCAAGUUCUGGCCCGGCCUAAUCGACAACCACUGGGGCACCUACGCGCUGAUGUCCGUACUGCUGUCCUACCCCUACUGCCAUGCGAUCCUGGUAGCCUGGACGUCCAAAAACGCUAACAACGUCGGCGCCCGCACGGUAUCCGCCGCGCUGUACAACAUGUGUGUGCAGACGGGCAACGUGAUUUCCAAUUUCAUCUAUCUCGACUACGACAAGCCGUAUUAUAAGGACGGAAACACCAAGCUGGUGGUGAUCAACUUUAUCGCUAUCGGGGUGUUCUUGUUCACCAAGGCGUAUUAUGUCUGGAGGAAUAAGCAGAAGGAGAAGGUGUGGAAUGCGAUGACGGAGGAGCAGAGGGUGGAGUAUAUCAAGACUACCAAGGUGCAGGGGAGUCGGAGGUUGGAUUUUAGGUUUGCUCAUUAA